AUGUCUACAUUAUCUAGUCAAAAGCAAUGUGGUCCUGCACUAGAUGCCUUGCCCACAGAAAUUCAGCUUCUUAUCUUAAAAGCCCUGGUGAAAGACGGCUACACGCUGAGCCAUUUGGCUGCAGUAUCUCGAGAUUGGCAAGCAGAGAUUGAGCGAUAUAACUUUGCUCGAAUCAAAUUGACGCCAUCGCGACUCGCCGGUUUUGGCCCAAUGGUUCAUCGCAACCGGGCUCUUGUUCAGUAUAUCUGGCUCUGCUUGGAGCUGGAGGAAUACGAUUGUACCAAAUGCGCCCCUACUGGAAGACUCUCAGAAGACGAAAUGGUAGAAAUGUAUGCUAUCAACGAUACAACCCACGGUCCUAUCACCACAGCAUUCGAAAACCUGUUUGCAGUUCUUAGUACAUGGGAUCCCAACGGCAAUUUGACGCUUGAUAUUAGUGUCUACUCGCACAGUGACUCAAAGCAUUGGUUCAAAUAUCUUACUUUUAUGCCUGACAUCUCUUCAGAUGAGCUAGGUGAUGAUGUUAUAGAGCAGACGACAUUAGAUCAAGUCCAUAAUGACCCUCAACAUGGCUGGGGUGGUGUUUCUGGGUACUCUGCUCCGCAUGAGAGGGCUCUCCACAGAAUAUUCCAUGCCAUUAUGGACGAGGGACCGUUUGAGAGCGAGAAGUUGGAGCUUAAAUGGUGGGAUCAGCUUCCAUCGGUGCGUGUGGUAACCAAAUUGCUUCUCCGGCAACAGAACCGUCGGAGAUGGAGGCCUGACGCGCUUGCACACAUGUUUGCUCGUUUUCCCAGACUUGAGGAAGUUCAUUACGAGCCGUGGAGGGAAUGGAGCUUUAUCAAAAGAGAUACUGAUGCAAGGUAUAAAUAUCUUUUCAAGUCUAUUCAGCGAUCCAACUUCCACCUCAAGAGACUGGUCAUCUUCGAAAACUUCAAUCAGCAUUAUCCGGCUUUCGAGCAGCGAUUUUUGGACGGGGUUGAUUUGACUGGAUGCGAGAGUAUACGCAUCCCAGAUCCAGACGUUAGCCGGAUAAUCGCAGCCACCAGCCUUAGGCUUGAGCAUCUCGCAGCAUCUUUCAUUGUGGAUGCCAUCCAUUUUUUCGAGAUUGAGCCCCUCCCGGUGUGGUCAAAUCUCACCUCGCUUGUGCUUACUUCAAAAAUACUUGCACCCAACGAGAAUCCGAUCGAGAUUGAGAGUUUGCUGCAGACAGCGGUGCACGCUACGCUUACUUGGAGAGCCACAUGGAGUUUCGCCAUGAAAUCUACAAUCAAGGCCUGGAAAGCUGUUAUGCAUCAUCACUACAGUGGUUGGACACUCGAUGUGAUUCACGAACGGCUGAGUGGAGCUGAUAUCAACAGUCACGGUGAUGCAAUUCACCACCUAAAUCUUUCAAGCCAGGUCGUUCGGCCCAUCUCGCUGCAACAGAUUCAGAGAGAGCAGAAGGCUCUAGAGGGCAUACAGAGUGUGUAUACCAAGUGA